AUGCCGCCUAAUGCAGUCUCAAGUUUGCAAUCGUCUUGUUUAAUUUGCCAAAAGGUUGAGACAUGCAAACAUCAAGACUUGAUAUGCGAAACAUGUAUCCAUAAUGAUAUCGAAUUAGUCAGAAACUCCGUCAUCGAAAACGAGAAUAUCACUUUGGAACUACGACAAGAAAUCAAUCUCAUUUUUGACAGCUGCGAUAAUAAAUUAGAGCAUGGACUACAAAGAGAAACGGACCCUAAAGUCACGCACACUCAAUUGCAAACCAGCGAAGAGGCUGUGAAGAGUCUAUCUCUUCAGCUCCGAAGACUUGACACCCAGAACGUGAAAACAAAACUCCAGGCCAUUGACCGUUCUCAGAAGCUACUACAAGAGAAGAUUGCCACAGCUGAAUCUAAACUAAGUGAGCUCAGAGGUGAAAUUGCUCGCAGAGAGCAAUGUUUCCAAAGAAAGAAAGUGCAAUUGAACAACGAUUUCGAAGCAGAGUCGUCCCGAAAACAUCUCGAAGACACCAGACUACGAGUUGAGAGUUCUCAACAGAUCACACGGCACGCUACGUCGCUACAGAGGCAACAUUACACUACUAUGCGUUCGUUGAUAUUCGAUAACUAUUCUCCUACAAAAAGCCUUGGUUUGCGAGGCGCACAGAAGUCAUCGAUUUUGUUGUUCGGCCAGCCAGUCAUCAAAUUCUCGUCCUUUCUCAACUACAAUAACAAAGUUGACGCAGUGAAUAACUUUCUUGAAAAUUUGAUCCGAACUCAAAUCCUAUUUAAAGACCUUUUAUCACUUGACGAGCCAGGGACUUUACCUUUCCUACCUUAUCUUCAGACGUUACUACCUGAUGAGAAAUUCUAUCGCUCAGUGCAAGAUAAGAUUUCCGCAAUAACCAAUGAAAGUCACGAACCAGAUACAAAACCGGACUUAUCGAAUGUGACUGGUGAAAAUCAAAAUGCAAUUUCGAUAGACGGAAGCACGAAUCUUGGCAAAAUUACAAUUCAAAACAAGACAAUCCAGAUCCCGAUUUCAUCUCGAACUGCAAAUCUCAACCGUAGAGCUUCUUUGAAAGAACAAGAUCAACCAGUGGAGACUUCACAGGAUCCUCAUAAAGAUAAAACCCCUGCUUCAGCAGCAACGAGUGUUCAGAACUCUCAGAGAGCUCUUGAUGGCAAAAAAAUUGUAAUUGUUCCACAUAAGAUUUUGACCAGGCCCUUCACCAGACUCAAACCCAAAGACUACCUCAAAUUUGUACUGAUUUUGGUGAAGAUUUUGUUGACAUUCAACUCCAUCUUGUCAGAAAUUUGUGACAGAAUGCCAGUGAAGAAGCUCAAGCAUUCUAACUCUGUUCUCGGCGCUAUCAGUAACCUACGUUCAAAGCCGCGAAUGAGACAUGAAUCAAGUAAAGAGUUUCUGUUUGAUGUAGAAAAAAUUCUACAUCAGUUGGCCAAUCUCGAUGACCACUUCAAGUGUGACGUAAUUGACCAAUCUAUUACACCAUGGAAUACCCCCAAAAAUUUUGCAUCUUCAUCCUUUCCUGACGCAUCUUUAAUCCUGACAAUUACCAAUGAUUCUGUUAUCAACAUGUCCCUUGUGAACAUCAAUAGUUCCCAGGUGCCUGCGCUGGCAAGUCCUUCGAACAUAAAAAGAUUCUACAAUUCUUUGCUACAAAGAGACAGACCGAAAAAGAAUAAUUUAGAAAAAGAUAUGUCGGUUUUAGGUGCUGUAAAUGAGGAUAUAAAUAUUUACGGGAUGAUUAGUGAGACUCAGUCAUCUAAUACAAGCAGUCUGAGCCUUAGAUCAGGCACUGAGACCAAGGAGCCCACUGAAAAGGGAAGGCCAACAGAACAAAAUUUAAAGCACAUUAUGGAGGUUGUGCAUUCGAUGAUUUCUGAGGGGGGAGCUGGUGCGUUUUCUGAGGAGUCUAGGAUUGAGGCUCGCAAGGUAACAACGUCCAUGUUGGAACAGUCCAAGGCCCGGCUUGAUGAAUGGGAUAUGGUCAGCCUCAUGUACUGA